UUUUUCCCCUUCACAACCCGCCACCAACAGCUCCCUAAAUUUACAACACACCCACACACCGGCACCCUCCUAAGUGGCACUUACGUAAAUAAAUUCAACCUCCGAACCCAUUUCACAAUCCCGCUCUCCAAACCCCAUCAACAGAAAAGCUGUGUCCAACCCCCUCCUUUCAAAAAAAAAAAAAUCACCAGAAAAAUGGCCACUACUUCGCUCUUAUCCUCCUCGGCGGCGUCGUUUUACUGCCGAUUCCCCACUCUCCCACCGCACUUAAACGCAAGAGUAACGUACGGAAGCCGGAAUGGGGUGGUGUCAGUGAGAGCUACUGGAGAUGUUGUUUUGGUGGACAAAUCAGAAGCAGAGAAGAGCAAUCGGCUCAAAACCACAUUCCUUGAAAAAAUCGUCCCUUUGCUGAUAGAAGAGUUCAGCUACACUAACAUUCACCAGGUUCCAAAAAUUCAGAAGGUUGUGGUGAAUUGUGGGAUUGGAGAUGCUGCGCAGAAUGCUAAGGGGUUGGACGCGGCGAUAAAUGAUUUGGCUCUUAUCACAGGCCAAAGACCCGUAAAGACGCGGGCCAGGAAUUCGGUUGCUACCUUCAAGAUUAGGGAAGGCCAACCACUUGGUAUUGCUGUUACACUCAGAGGAAACCUGAUGUACUCGUUCUUAGAUCGACUUGUUAACUUGGGGCUGCCUAGGACAAGGGAUUUCCAAGGUGUGACCGCAAACAGCUUUGAUGGACAUGGCAACUACAGCAUUGGAAUUCGCGACCAGAGUGUGUUCCCAGAGAUUAGGUUUGAUGCGGUUGGUAAAGCCAGGGGAAUGGAUGUGUGCAUUGCAACCACAGCUAACACCGAUCAAGAAGCGCAAAGACUCUUGGCUCUCAUGGGUAUGCCAUUUAGAGAAGAUGGUGGUGGUGGUGGUGGUGCUACCGCUCAGCCUCGCAAGAAGAAAUUGAAGGCACACCACUUUGAUUCAAAAUCGAAGGGAAGGAGUAGGCGAUGAUAAGAGUUAUUAUUAUCUCCAUCCAAGUCUGUAACAUUUCCAUGCAGUAUUUGUUGGAUCCCAAAUUUGAUGUAACGGACGAAAGAUUUAUCAAAUCUGUUUCCCUCAAAUUAUUUUGGGUUGUCAGAGGACGUUUUUGUUCAUUGCAAGUCAAAGGAAGAUCAAUGUAAGAUUCCGCAACGUGUCGUUCUUCAAA